GCUAGCUAUGUGUGUAACGUUAUGUGUGUGUAUGUGUCUGUGUGUUCGCGCGGUCUCAGACUUGUACUCUGUGUUCUUUUCAUACAUCGAAAUAAACCAUAUUUCAUGCAUCACAAGUGUUGACGACCACCAGAAGGUGUCCGUGCCUUGGUAUUAAACUAAAAUGUCCCUGUUACGUGGGUUGAUGGGUCGAUUUCGUCUCAUUGUGGCAUACAUUGCUAACUUAUUUCAGGGUUGGUGCAUCGAGGGACAUGAUGGCCAGUGUUACCAGGAAUUUAGCUAACGUUAAUUGUGUUCUUGUUCGUGCCAUGUAACGGGUCGACUUUUGUUGUUCAGCGAUUGUUCCUAAAAGUCUAUCGAGACAUUUUUUAUGAGACAUCGGUGUCGGCAUACACUAUUGUCAAAGAUUACACCGCUGAGAACACAUUUGGUACACCCUCUAUUUACUAGCUAUUUAACUAUUUGUCAUUCUCCGGUGACCGCCCCAGUAACGACAGGUUACCACCAAGUGCCACCGUCGCCAUCUUUAGAUAAGACACGGAAUUGUGUUUUAAGAUGUCAGAGAAAGAAUGUUUUAAGUCAUGCGUUGUUAUGAUUUCAAUGGCCUGAAAGUUCAUCCAAGAAAAAGACCGAGCAAAGCUGGUGAAAGAAUCCAUAACCUGAAUCACUGACUCGGUCUUGUCAAAAUGAAACUGAAGGUGCUGUCAGCUAUAAACGUCGAAAAGUUUGGCUUUGUUAAAUGCCCAUCUUCAGAAUAAUCACGUGUGUGCGACAUGCCUUGUUUUCCUUUGUCGUUUCCAGUAAUCAACCCCGAUCUCUUUCACACUUGAAUGUUUUCCUUUAGGUGAGACAGUAACCGAGUAAAUCAGUUCCACUUUAGAGCUUGGCCGACUUUACAUCUGCUGCACGAGCUACAAUGUUGCAGUUUUUUGACUGUUGAAAAGGACGGUGUUAAAUCGUUUCUCAGAACAUAAUCUAACCCGCUAAAUUACUAUGCACACAUUGGGACAUGUUUCAGUAGCAUGCUUCAGACAUGCUAGCUUACAUGAUUCAGUAGCCUAAAACAGAGUGUCGAAGUCAUAUCUAGGAUUUUCGCUACGGUCAUACAGGAAUCGCCAGAGUUCAUAUCGUUAAAUUAGGGUCGGCGUUAGUCUCCUUCAUGAGAUAAACAGAUUAAUUUGAUCGACUGUGCUAGACGGUUAUGCCAGUCUGUUGAGACUUUAAUGGAGAGUUUAAAAACGUCGACUCUUGUGUCGGAAUUUCCCCGUUUAGUGAAUGUGUUGAAUAAUGACAAUGCGUCCAAUUGGCUAGUCGUCUGUGCCCUUGCUCGGGGGUUCUUGCCUCUAAUCAAAUAUUUUAAUGUGCUAUGGCGGAUAAUAAACACAGAAAGAUACGUGUCCCAGAUGACAGAUACGAUAAACUCCCUCCGUCGUCUUGUGGGACCAUAUCCUACGACUGAAACGAAAAAGAGAAAACGCACAGUAGAAGACUUUAAUCAGUUCUGCACGUUUGUGUUGGCAUAUGCAGGAUACAUCCCAUAUCCUUCAGAGGAAUGGUGGAGUAACAACAACCUUCCCAGGGACAAUGACACUUGUAGCCCCAUUCACAGUGACACUCUGCCUCAGAAUAAGAAAGGGAGCACCAAAGAGAAGGCCAAGAAAAGGAAGCAGGACAAGAAGGGUUCCUCACAGAGUGAGGGCAAGCCCAGACGCAGGAGUGAGGAUGCCUCCACCAAAAAGUCUCCCAAAUCUAAGAAGCUCAACAAAAGUUUGUCACCAUCUCAGCCGCCACAAUGGCCCAGUGGAGACUUAUUCUCCAUCGAUCUUCCCACCGUUGGGGCCUGCAGAAGCAAUGAAGAUAUGCCUCCUUUGCCCAUACCACAACCCCCCAGUGGAGAAUCCUCGCCAUGUCACAGCAGCGUGAUCUAUGCCAGCCACACUCCACUCAAAGACGAGAAGAUGGAAAUGGAGACCACCCUUAGCGCUGACGUGAAAAGAGGAAGUGGUGAAGAGGAACUCGUGGAGGAGCCAGUGGAUGAGCCAGUGGAUCUGACCAGAGUGAGCGGCACGGAAAAAGUGACGAAAGAAGAGCCCUGUUUGUCUGAGGCACAGCAGAGGAGUGAGGGGAGUCGAGCAGAAGCAUCCAAGGAGGAGGAGAACGACAGCUGGGAGGGCAGCGAGUCCGGCUCGGCGGGCACGGACAUCUUGCGAUUGGUUAUUGAAAGGCGCCUGGGCAACCGGCUACCCGAGGACCAGGAGACGGGUUACCACACGGACAGCACCCCAGACAGAGUUGCCAGCGACACCGAACAAGACACACGUGCUGGAGAAAGAAACACUGCAGCCAGCUCAGCUUGUGGUUCAGUGAAGGCCUCCACAAACAAUGGAAAAGGAGAAGAUGAUGACUCAUGGGACUUGAUCACGUGUUUCUGCAUGAAGCCCUUCGCCGGACGCCCCAUGAUUGAGUGCAACGAGUGUGGCACCUGGGUGCACCUCUCCUGCGCCAAGAUCCGCCGCACCCACGUGCCCGAAGUCUUUGUGUGUCAGCCAUGUCGCGACUCCAAACAGGACAUCCGCAGGUCCAACCGGGCACGCACUGGCCCCCGAAAACGCUUCAGUGACUAGAACAUCCACUCAACACCUGCACCAAUGACUGGAUAGGUGUCGCUGUUCGUUUCUUCAGACAUGACAAUCUCAAACUCUUUCACAUUUUUUUUAUUUAAUGGACUUUGAUAAUAAGAAGGGCGGACAUUUUUAAGAUGUUGGUCCUCUUGGACGGUCUCUCAUACUCAUGUCAGAGAAAUGAGAAUGAGAGAGACAAAGACUGAAGUGUCCGGUGUGGGAUGGGUGGGGAAAAAAACACUUUUCCACGUUUCAUGUAAUGAAGCUCAUGAGGACGUUUUGAGGGAGUUCUUACUUGUUAUUACUCAUACCUUACUCGCACACAACCUGUCAUGUGACCCUAAUGCCACUUCUUUCAUCUGACCACUAUCACCAACACGGAGAACACUUUCCCAAGGGCUACCCCCCUACCCUCCCAUCUCCUUGAACUCUGACUGUAUUUAAUAUCCAUAGAUUGUACCUUUUUUUGUUUGUUUAUAAAUGCAGUUUGGUUGAGAUGUAAAGGGUGGCACAAAUGCCUUCUUUUUUUUUUUAGGCUUUUCAGUUGACUUGUCUGUUUAAUGUUGAGAGGAAAUCUUGCUAUGAGAAUAUAAAGCACAAGAAUCUACAAACACAUUGUAAAUAUUGCUCUGUUUUCUAGAGUAUGAAUAUAUAUCUAUAUAUAUAUUGCUCUUUCAGUAAUAAAGGCAGAUCAAAUGUG